CACACAGCUCGUUAUUAGCUCGAGCACGCGUGUGCCGCUGCCCGCGGAGGAGCUGCGGGAGUUGAGCGGUCCCGGACGCACAGGAGAACGGCCUCGGGACGACCGCGGCGCGCAGCGUAAGCCCCGAGGGCAGCCCCACACACGCUACACAAAACGAUGGCCGAUGAACUGGUCCGAAGGAGCUACAGCCGCCGCGACAAGGAUGCGUAUGAGUCUGAGUCCGACGGCGAGCUCGAGACCGAGGCCCUGUUCGAGGAGGUCGCCGCCUUGGAGGAGAAGGUCCAGUCGUUGGACGGCACGAGAGACAAGCAGGAGCUCCUAAGGACGGUCGCGGAGUUGAGAGACGUCCGCAAGAGGUAUAACAGAGCCCUAGGACAGAGGAAGUCGCGAGGAAGACCGGCGACGGCCCAGUCCAUUGCGCGGAAACGCGCCAUGCGCGAUUCGAACCGAAGACCGCAAUCCGCGCGGCCUCGCUCCCGAAGUCCCAAGCGCGAUUCGAGGAUGAGGCGGUCCUGGUCCGGCACCACGACGCAGCCCAAGCCCUUCUACAACCUCGAGAAUGAUGUGCAGUUGCGACUGAAGAAGAAGGAGCGCGAAGAACGUAAAAAAAGGGAAAAGGAGGACGAGCUCCGGAGACGAGACGAGCGCGCCCGGGAGAUCUUGUUAUCGACAGCUCAAGGCUUGAAACCGCGAGGCUUCGAGGGCGUCGACCGCCACCAGCAGGAGCAGAAUAAGAGGCGGGACGAGGCCUACGCGCGGCGCCAGGCGGAGCUCGAGUCGCUCAACGAGUGCGCGCAGUUCAAGGCCAAGCCCCUGCCGAAGUCAACGCAUAGUUUCCGCAAGCAGGAGGCCGAGGCGGACUUGGAUCGGAUUGCUCGUAUUCAGCGGGACGCCGAAAGGACGGCGGCCAAGGCUACGGAUACUACUACGAAACCAGCAUUGAACGAGACCGCUCCUGCUCGGCUGGAGACCAAAGUUGCUUGGAAAGCAGAGGAGAAGAAGAAGGUUUCGGAGACUCCGGAGGAGAUCACCGCUCGUCUAGACAGAGAACACGCGCGCUGGCGCAAGACGCUGGAAAGAUGCAAGAAGGUCGGCAGGAGCGGCACGAUUCCCGUCGAUCCCCUCGCUAAACGUAGAGAAGCCCACGAGGAGCGAAGGCGGAAACAUGCAGAAGAGAAGGCUCGACGCGAACGAGCCGCGGCCGAAGACAUGGAGGCCCAAGAAAAUUUAUUGAGAGAGAAGCGGGUCCGGAGAUUAGCUCGGGCUACGGCGAAUCGGUUGGAGACGACGAGGCAGACCUACUCUUCUUACUUGAAAGCGCAAGCUAUCCGGGAAAAGCAGCAAGCCCAGAGGGAUCGGGAGAAGAAGGAACGCGACGAACAAUUUGCAAGAGACGAGAAGCUGCGACUAGCGGCGAAGCGACUGGCCAAGGACCUGAAAAUCACGCAAGGGCGGGAGGCCAUGGACCCGGCCGAGGCGGCCCGUUCAGCAAGGCGCGACUUCCGGCGGCAGCUGCGGAAGAACAAAGCUAGAUUAGAUAAGGCUCGGGAGAAGGCGCCUUCGUUAGUCGCGCGGCUGUCUCUCGAAAGCGCAAGGGACAAGGCCCGGGCCCAGGCAUUACGGAAGGUCGCGAAGGCCGUCUACGGCACGGACAAGGCGGACUGGUCUAGGGUGCCCGACGCGGAGGCGAUCUUCGACGCCGAGGAUAGGGCGUUUUUGGAGAUCGGCGCCGAGGCGGACGACGACUUCGAGUUCGAGUAGUUCUAGGGGGGAGUG